GUUGUCCAGCACUGAAACUAAAUUCCCAUUUGACAUUUUUCAUCGUGCGUCUGCUUUGUGCAUGCCGAUUGUUUCAUACAAAGUUGUGUUUUCCCCAUCAUUGUUCGUGUUCGACGCGUUUUAGAAAUGCCUUUACAAUCGAAAAUACUGCAUAUUGUAGGAGACGACGAUGGGGAUAUUGAAGAAGAAAAUGUAGCCAUGGCGCACGACCGCAAAGCCUGGCGGGCUCCACGUUCCCGCAAAGUCUCCGAAAGUGAUGAAGAUGACGACGACGAAGUAUCCUAUAAUUCUGAUGAAACCAGUGACGACGAGGAAUCUACUACGGAUGACGAUUGGUCCAUGGACGUUAAUCACAUUACUGGUAAUCCGCAUCUUUCUGGAACUGAAAUCGUGAUGGGGAAGCAGUUGAUUUCGCCGGUCGCACCAGAUGGAUUGCCAGUGAUGGGUGUGUCAUGCGAUAUCGCCGUGCAAGGACAACAACCUGCUGUGCCACUGGUAGACGAAGCUUUUCCAAAAACUGAAAACCAAAUGCAGGAAGAUAUCAAGCCGGUGAACUCAGUUGAUGUUAAGGCUCCUACUGAGCAGAUUACAGACAUAUCUGCUGAAAGCGUCGUUGCUCCUAAUCAGGAGCAGCAGCGGGAGUCCGAAAAUUUGGUCGCUGAUGGCGUUCUGAUUCCGGGAAAUCCGCCGGUGGAAAUCGCUCCUAAAGCGCAGACGCGUCGCAAGACCAUGCGUGUGCCUGCUCGUAAUCAGCCAGUGGCUAUACCAGCCUUUAAUCCUGUUGAUAAGCAGUCUCCAUCAUCGCCUACAACAAUAGGUGGACGUGUGGCCAAGCGUGCCAGGCGCAGUGGCGUUCAAAAGAUUACCCCAAUCUCAAAAGUUUCCGCGCACACAUUGGCCAAGCCUCUGGAGGUUAGUCAAUAUUUCAGUAAUGUGGCUGCCACAUUGGUGAAGCAACGUGUAUGCUUGUUACCUUUUCUGCAUAUGCGCGAUCGCAUUGAUGUUCUGGUUAAUGAGGCCAUGUUAAAGACUAAUCUGCAGCGCCGAUUGUAAAAGCAAUUUGUAAACAGCCAUACAUUAAAUAAAGGCAGAGCU